AGCAUGCGGGCAUACGCCGCCAAUGUCUACACCUCCGUGGUGGAGGAGCUCACCCGCGGGCAGCAGCGCCGGUUCAUCGCCGUCGAGCAGGAGUUUUUCCGGCUGUGGUGGGACGGCGUCGCCUCAGACCAGCAAAAACACCAGGUCCGCCAGCUUCUGGACGAAGGACGCCUGGAGUUUGUCCUCGGAGGCCAGGUCAUGCAUGACGAGGCUGUGACCCACAUUGAUGACCAGAUCCUACAGCUCACAGAAGGACACGGGUUUCUCUACGAGACGUUCGGAGUCCGGCCACAGUUUUCCUGGCACGUCGACCCGUUUGGCGCGUCCGCCACGACCCCCACCCUGUUCGCAUUGGCGGGCUUCAAUGCCCACCUCACCUCCCGGAUCGACUACGACCUGAAGGCGGCCAUGCAGGGGGCCCAGGGGCUGCAGUUCGUGUGGCGAGGCUCCCCGUCCCUCUCGGCGCAGCAGGAGAUCUUCACACACGUCAUGGACCAGUACAGCUACUGCACCCCCUCUCACAUCCCUUUUUCCAACAGGUCGGGCUUUUACUGGAAUGGCGUGGCCGUCUUCCCAGAGCCACCCCCAGACGGGGUGUACCCCAACAUGAGUGAGCCCGUCACCCCAGCCAACAUUGACCUCUAUGCAGAGGCCCUGGUGGCCAACGUGAAGCAGCGAGCCGCCUGGUUCCGGACAGCUCACGUCCUCUGGCCCUGGGGGUGUGACAAGCAGUUCUUCAAUGCGUCAGUGCAGUUCGCCAACAUGGACCCGCUGCUGGACCGCAUCAACCGCCGUGCUGCUGAGCUGGGCGUCUCAGUGCAGUACGCCACCCUGGGCGACUACUUCCGCGCCCUGCACGCUCUCAAUGUCACCUGGCACACCCGCGACCACCGUGACUUCCUGCCCUAUUCCUCAGAACCGUUCCAGGCCUGGACGGGCUUCUACACAUCCCGCAGCGCGCUCAAGGGGCUCGCGCGACGAGCCAGUGCCCUGCUGUAUGCCGGGGAGUCCAUGUUCACGCGCUACACGUGGCCGGUCCCACGCGGGUCUCUGGACCCGACCUGGGCAUUGUGGCAGCUCCAGCAGCUCCGCUGGGCGGUCUCCGAGGUCCAGCACCAUGACGCCAUCACCGGGACGGAGUCCCCCAAGGUGCGAGACAUGUACGAGGAGCACCUGGCCUCGGGGAUGCUGGGCGUGCGCAAGCUCAUGGCCUCCAUCAUCCUGGACGGGCGCAGGCCCGGGCCCGGGGCGGGGGCACGGCAGACAGCCCCGGGGACCAGCUCAGGCUAUUUUGCUUCAGUCUACAACCCGCUGGCCUGGACGGUCACCACCAUCGUCACCCUGACUGUGGGCUUCCCCAACGUCAGUGUCACAGACGAGUCGGGCCACCCAGUACCCUCACAGAUCCAGAACUCCACGCAGACCCCGUCUGCAUAUGAGCUGCACAUUCUGACCACAAUCCCGGGCCUCAGCUACCGGCACUACAGCAUCAAGCCCACUGCAGGUGCCGCCUGGGAGCCAGCUGCCACCAUGGCCGCCCGCGUGCUCCGGUUUGGCCGCAGGCCGAAAACACGCACCAGCCACGGGGGCCGGCGCCUGAUGCCUGUGGCGAAUGACUGCUACACCGUGCUGCUUGACGAGGACACCAACCUGAUGCACAGUGUCUGGGAGAGACAGGGUAACCGGUCGGUCCACGUGACCCAGGAGUUUCUGGAGUACCACGUCAACGGCGAUGUGAAACAGGGCCCCGUCUCCGAUAACUACAUGUUUACACCCAGUGCCGCUGCAGUGCCCACGUGGGAGGCCGUGGGAAUGGAGGUCGUGGCUGGGAGGCUCGUGACGGAGAUCCGGCAGUUCUUCUACAGGAAUAUGACGGCCCAGGACCACGCAUUCGCCAUCUACUCCCGGCUCGCGCAUGUGCCACAAGGCCACGACGGGCAGCUGCUGUGCCAGCGGAUCGAGCAGGAGUACCGAGUGGGCCCCCUGGAGCUGAACCGCGAGGCUGUCCUGAGGACCAGCACCGGCCUGGACAGCCAGCAGGUCAUCUACUCAGACAACAACGGCUACCAGAUGCAGCGGAGGCCCCACCUGGCCUACGCAAACAACAGCAUCGCUCGGAAUUACUACCCCAUGGUCCAGUCAGCCUUCAUCGAGGACGGCGGGAGCAGUCUGGUGCUGCUGUCCGAGCGGGCACACGGCGUCUCCAGCCAAGGAAACGGGCAGGUGGAGAUCAUGCUGCACCGGCGGCUGUGGAAUAACGUCGACUGGGACCUGGGCUACAACCUCACUCUCAACGACACCUCGGUUGUCCACCCGGUGCUCUGGCUUCUGCUGGGUCCCCGGCCGGUCAUGGCCGCCCUGCGCCAGAGGAGCGGGCUGGCACUGCAGCACCGGCCCGUGGUGCUGUUCGGUGAGCUGACCAGGUCUGCCCUGAAGCCCCCAGGACCGCGGCAGCCAGAGGCCGUGACGCUGCCCCCGAAUCUCCACCUACAGGUGCUGAGCAUCCCUGGCUGGAACUACAGCUCCAGCCACACCGAACACGUGCAGAACCUCCAGAAAGGCCAGCGAGGGCAGGCCCAGGCUGACCUCCGCCGUGUCCUGCUGCGGCUCCAUCACCUAUAUGAGGUGGGCGAGGACCCGGUCCUGUCCCAGCCGGUGACGGUGGAUCUGGAGGUCUCGCUGCGCGGACUGGGGUCCGUGGAGGCGAUAGAGGAGCGCUCGCUCACCGGGACGUGGGACGUGAGCGCGCUGCAGCGCUGGAGCUGGAGGACAGACGCCGGCUACCACAGAGGCGACUCCCCUCCUCCCUCGAGGCUGCCAGGAGGCCCCACCAUCACCAUCUACCCCAAGGAAAUCCGGACCUUCUUCAUUCACUUCCGGCAGCCUUGAGCCCUGGGCGGACACCGCUGGCCCCGGGCUGCCCCAAGGGCUCCGUGCACCAGAGCAGACCCAGGACACACAGAGCAGGGUGGACAGCCAGGGAGGACAGCCAGCUGCGGCUCUG